AGUCUCUGCUUUAGAGAUUUUUAGCCUUGUUUUAAAAUCAUGUCAGGUCGUGGAAAACAAGGAGGCAAGGCUCGCGCUAAGGCCAAGUCCCGCUCCUCUCGUGCGGGCUUGCAGUUCCCGGUGGGGCGAGUGCACCGCCUGCUGCGCAAAGGCAAUUACGCGGAGCGGGUGGGGGCCGGCGCCCCAGUCUACAUGGCGGCAGUUCUGGAGUACCUGACGGCGGAAAUCCUGGAACUGGCGGGUAACGCGGCGCGAGACAACAAGAAGACGCGCAUCAUUCCUCGUCACCUACAGCUGGCCAUCCGCAAUGACGAGGAGCUGAACAAGCUGUUGGGUAAAGUCACCAUCGCCCAGGGUGGCGUUCUGCCCAACAUUCAGGCCGUUUUGUUACCAAAGAAAACUGAAAGCCACAAAGCUAAAAGCAAAUAAGUCCUAACAAAGUA